AUGAGUAACAAAUUUGUAACUCAACUAAUAUUAGUAUUGACGAUAAAUUUGGUAUCAUUUGUGUUGUGUAACUAUUAUCAUACAACUCCAAAUACAAAUUCAAAUGCUGUUCGAUUUCUACCUGGCUUCCCUGGAAUUCUUCCUUUCAACCUUCAAACCGGAUAUGUUGGAGUUUGGGAUGAGCAAGUGCAGCUAUUUUACUACUUUAUACCAUCCGAGAAAAAACCAAAAACAGACCCACUUUUAAUUUGGUUCUCUGGAGGACCUGGUUGCUCUUCAUUAACGGAUCUUGUAUUUGGACAUAUUGGUAAAUUAACUUUUAACAAAGGUCCUCUAUCCUUCGACGCAACAUCACAAAGGGAGUUUGGUCUACCGAGACUUGAAUCAAAUCCUUAUUCUUGGACUAAGGUUGCAAACAUAAUAUUUCUCGAUUCACCUGUUGGUGCUGGAUUUUCCUACACAACAAGCAAGGCUUACCUUCCCGGUGAUACAAACACGGCAAAACAAGCAUAUGAGUUUUUGAAGAAGUGGCUUAUGGAGCAUCCUGAAUUUGCAAGAAACCCUGUCUACAUUGCAGGUGUUUCGUAUUCUGGAAAAGUAGUUCCAUCUAUUGCAUUAGAGAUUGUAAAUGGAAAUGAAGCAGGUUUUGGGGCAAAAAUAAAUCUUCAGGGAUAUAUUCUCGGGAAUCCGGUGACUACUAAGUAUCUUGAAAACCAGACGAAAGUUGAAUAUGCUCACCGUGUAUCCGUACUAUCCGAUGAGAUAUAUGAGUCGGCCAAAGGAAGUUGCCAUGGUGAUUAUCGGCCAAUUGCUGCAAAGGGUAAUGCACAAUGCAAGAAGAAUCUAGAAACUGCAUCAAAGUGCAUUGAUCCAUUAGAAGAUGAAUUCGUCCUUGAAUCGAAAUGUUUCCAUCCAUCACCAGAUAAGUGGUGUCGGGAUCAUGAUCACAUGUCUGAAUUGUGGGCAAAUAACAUUAAUGUCCAAAAAGCUCUUCAUGUUCGAGAGGGAACGAUUAACCAAUGGAUUCGUUGUCGCGGUCACAACAAUGAUAAGUUUAACUACACUCACGAUAUCGAUAGUAGCGUCAGUUUUCAUCAAAAUCUUUCCAUGCACCCUCCCAGGGCACUAAUCUUCAGUGGUGAUCAGGAUAUAUGCAUGCCAUAUAUGUUCACAUUGAAGUGGAUGAAGAAACUAAAUGUCGUCCCAAAUGAUGUUUAUUGGAGUCCUUGGUUUCUUUACGGCCAAGUUGCAGGAUAUGUCACAGAGCAUUCAAAUGAUAACUACAAUUUGACAUUUACUACAAUCAAGGGAGCAGGACAUGUUGCCCCUGAAUAUAAGCCGCGAGAAUGUUUAGCAAUGUUUCAAAGAUGGAUCACAUUUAAUCCUCUAUAAUGAAAAUCAUAGACAUAUCUAAUAUAUAUUUGUUCAUUAAAUUUAAGGAAUUUAUAGAUUUGUACAAUACCUAAAAGGCAUGGAACUGUAUAGUUGUUUGAUUUUUGCACUUUAACUCUCAUAUUCCUAGUUAUUUAGUAAAUGAGGGUUAAAGUUCAAUUUUUUUUAUGUAAAAUUAAUAUGUUCAAUUUUCUCAAAUCGGUUGCUUAAUCGGGAAAGUAAUAAUUGGAAUUCGAAGAAACCGAGAAAGUAUUUCAUUAAGUGAUUUUUAUAUCUUUGGUCCAUUCUGUUUCACAUUAUGUGCAA